ACAGGGCUGAAAUCAAGAACAGAACCCACCCACAACUACACUGCGCAACCAUCUUUAAACUCUUCCUGAUUCAAUCGCUUCCCUUCAAUAUUCCCGAGCGUCAGAAACAAUCCCAAAGAUGAGUUAUCCUGGUUACCCUCCCUCCGGUGGCUACCCUACCCAGACAGGUGGCUACCCCCCACAACCAGGUGCAUAUCCCCCCCAAGCUGGAGGUUACCCUCCACAGACUGGGGGCUACCCGCCUCAGGCUGGGGGCUACCCGUCUCAGGCCGGGGGCUACCCGUCUCAGGCCGGGGGCUACCCGCCCCAAGCCGGGGGCUAUCCUUCCCAGCAGGCUGGUGGUUACCUUCAACAAGGUGGAGGUUUCCCUCAGGGGGGAUGCUUCCCUCCCCAGGCCGGAGGCUAUCCUUCCAUGCCUCCAGCACAAGGUGGUUGGGGUGGAGCCCCUGCUGGUGGAAUGCCAGGUGGAGGUAUGCCCCAGGGCUACCCAGGCUGUCCUGCCCCAGGUCAACCCCAGGGGUACCCAGGCGGUCCUGCCCCAGGUCAACCCCAGGGCUACCCAGGCGGUCCUGCCCCAGGUCAACCCCAGGGGUACCCAGGCGGUCCUGCCCCAGGUCAACCCCAGGGGUACCCGGGCGGUCCUGCCCCAGGUCAACCCCAGGGGUACCCGGGCGGUCCUGCCCCAGGACAGCAGCCCAUGCCUGGCUACCCUGGUGGUGCCCCGGCCACCAACCCUUCCAUGCCAGGAUAUGGAGGUGGUGUUCCUGCUACUCCUUAUUCACCUGCCAUCAACAGAGGCUAUAGGGGUGUUAUUAAGGACUAUCCAGGCGCUGACCCUCUGAGGGAUGUGGAAGUCCUCCGCAAGGCCAUGAAGGGCUUUGGCACGGAUGAGGCAGCUAUAAUUGAGAUUCUCGGGAGCCGCUCAAACAAGCAGAGGGUUCCAAUGGUAGCAGCCUACAAAACCACUUAUGGGAAGGAUUUAUUCCACGAUCUAAAGUCUGAGCUCACUGGGAACUUUGAGAAGCUGGCUAUUGCCAUGUUGCAGACGCCAGCCAAGUUUGAUACAUCUCAACUCAAAGAAGCCAUAGUGGGUGCUGGUACUGAUGAAGCCUGUCUGAUUGAGAUCCUAUCGUCUCGCUCCAAUGCAGAAAUCAGAGAAAUUAAUCAAAUGUACAAAAACGAGUAUGGUAAGAAACUGGAGGAUGCCAUCAUUAAUGACACAUCAGGACACUUCCGUAGACUCCUCGUCUCCCUCUGUCAGGGAAAUCGAGACGAGAGGGAACAAGUGGACAUCAACAUGGCCAAACAGGAUGCUCAGAAACUGUAUGCUGCCGGGGAGAACAAAGUGGGGACGGAUGAGUCCCAGUUCAACGCCAUACUGUGUUCCAGGAGCAGACCCCACCUGAGAGCAGUGUUCAAUGAGUACCAGCAGAUGAGUGGUAGAGACAUUGUGAAGAGCAUCUGCAGGGAGAUGUCUGGAAACGUGGAGGAUGGCAUGGUGGCUGUGGUGAAAUGCAUCAGGAACACUCCUGAAUACUUUGCAGAGAGGCUUCACAAGUCCAUGGCGGGGGCUGGGACCAAGGACAGGACUCUGAUUCGGGUCAUGGUGACUCGCUCCGAGGUAGACAUGCUGGACAUCAGACAGGCAUACCAGAAGACCUACGGGAAAUCACUGUACACCGCCAUCUCUGGUGAUACCUCUGGGGACUACCAGAAGCUGCUGCUGAAGCUGUGUGGAGGAAGUGAUUAGAGAGAUAUGAAGGAAUCCCGUAUAUCAAUCAAGACAGUGACGCCAUAGAAUGAGAACCAUAGAAUCAGAAUGGGAACCAUAGAAUCAGAAUGGGAACCAUAGAAUCAGAAUGAGAACCAUAGAAUCAGAAUGAGAACCAUAGAAUCAGAAUGAGAACCAUAGAAUCAGAAUGAGAACCAUAGAAUCAGAAUGAGAACCAUAGAAUCAGAAUGAGAACCAUAGAAUCAGAAUGGGAACCAUAGAAUCAGAAUGAGAACCAUAGAAUCAGAAUGAGAACCAUAGAAUCAGAAUGAGAACCAUAGAAUCAGAAUGGGAACCAUAGAAUCAGAAUGGGAACCAUAGAAUCAGAAUGAGAACCAUAGAAUCAGAAUGAGAACCAUAGAAUCAUAAGUGCUAUGGCCGUUCUACUCAUUCUAAUUCUAUAAGUGUAGUAGUCCAUGAGAAUGUAACAGACAGGAUCCAAAUCAACCUGUGAUGUAUGUAGUUUUGUUUUGCCAAAUUUGUGUCUCGUGCCAUAAUGUGCUGCGUGAUGUAUGUAGUUUUGUUUUGCCAAAUUUGUGUCUCGCGCCAUAAUGUGCUGGGUGAUGUAUGUAGUUUUGUUUUGCCAAAUUUGUGUCUUGCGCCAUAAUGUGCUGGGUGAUGUAUGUAGUUUUGUUUUGGCAAAUUUGUGUCUCGCGCCAUAAUGUGCUGGGUGAUGUAUGUAGUUUUGUUUUGCCAAAUUUGUGUCUCGCGCCAUAAUGUGCUGGGUGAUGUAUGUAGGAAAAUGACUUCAUUUGCUGCAUAUGCAAUCCAUUAUUGUUAUUAUAUAGUCUUGAUUCAUUUUCAAAGGUUUUUAUUGUAUCGUGAUAUGUGUAAUCAUAUUUCAUACGAUCAGGAUAAUGCCAUUAAAAAACAAUGCAGUACUAUAAUUGACAAAUUAUUAUAUUAGCUAACUGCCAAAUACUAAAUGUAUAUCAAUAUUUCUGGGCUUGUGUCAAUACGUGCAAAUAUUUUAGGAUAUUUAGAUACUUAAGAUAUAAAAAUAAAAAAAAGUUGGUUAUUAUAGCUUUAUUGCUGACUGCUAUAUUCUAUGCAAAUUAGCAACUUGUUUAAUUUCGAAUGAAAGCCAAUGAUAAUUAAAUAUCACCACACAACACUGGUGUUUCUUUCUUCUUAUUGACACCUUCUAAUAAUGUAGGCCGUUUUCCAUUGGUUGUUUCCUAGAUAUGAACACAAUGUUGCCUUUUUUUAUGCUGCAGACCCAAAGCCUCUACGGCAUGCAACUCUUUCCAUGUUUUACCAUCUGUUUUGAAGGCUGUUUAGUUCCAUGCAAGUCAAUAUUUCUGUUUUUUCAUUUCAUCUUUCACUGCUAUUUCUAAUAUAAUUUCAAUGUAAAGUCGUUGUACAACUAUUUGCCAAUACUUAAAAAUUUAAUUAUUUGUUGUCAAUAUUGUUAAGGAUUUAUUCAUUGCAUAGGUAUAUACUGUAUAGCCAGAACACAUACUGUAUAGUAUAAGUUCAUGCCAGUAGACGGCAGUUUGAACACAAUGGUUCCACUGAGGCAUUGUAAUUGGAAAAUGAUAAAAAAAUAUAUGCUAAUACCACAUUUGUAACUUAUCACAAUGGCCCAAAGGGCUGCCGUUAUCAUGUAGUAACUAACGUUUACAAUCAUUUGGUUGUUGUAAUGCUCACCCACAGGCUUAUAAUGGUGUCCUUCCUGUCAAAAUAAAAUAUUUUGACUGGCAAUGAU